AUGGCCGCUGCAGAUGCCCAGAUGGUCGGCAAGGUGCUCCUGGACGAGGAUGUCUUUGGAAACGAUGCUGCUACUGAAAGUGUCCGAACCAUGCUGGUGUCAGCUCUUCCUCAUGCCGAGGGAGGCCAUCCGUAUCAGCAGGAAGUACUGAAGCAGUGCCAGCGAAUUUUGUCGGACAGCAAAACCCUCGCCGACAAGGAGAGCGAUCGACUUGGAGAGGAGGCAGCUGCUGCAGCUGGCCGCAUCUCCGAAGCUGAGCAGACCCUCGUGAAUGCAAGCAUCGCCACGCAGCAGGCGAAGGAGGCUGUGACCUCAGCCACGGCGGUGCUCGAAGAGCAGGAGAAAGCCGUUGAGGCAGCGAAGGCUGACGAAGUCUCCAGUCGUCGCAGCGAAGCAAAGAAGAUCCAAACUCGAGACGAAAGUGCAGCAGCGAAGGCUGCCGUCGACUCGGCCUUGGCACUCCUAAAGGCCGACAAGGGAGCCGAGUCGCAGACAGAGUUGCUGCGGUUGCUGAUGCAGGCCUCCGCAGAGAAAACUUUGAUCGACGCCUUGCCUGCAGCCCUGGAACUGCCAGGGGCGGAGCGAGGGGAGUUCGACAAGUUGACCAUGGACACUGCGACAGAGGCCUUGUCGGAGUUUCAGACCAGCCUUGCGGAGGAGCUGUCUGAGGCAGAGGUUGCGCUCCGUGAUGCACAUGCAGAAGCCCUUGGCUGUGAGGCGAUCCGCGAGGUUGAAGAGGAGAAGAAGGAGACCUCUGCUCGGAACCUGCAAGCCGCCGUAGACUGCGUGGAGGCGCGAGAGGCUGACGAGAAGGCGGCAAGCACCAGCUUGGCAGCCCGCGAGGCUGAGAGGAGCAACUUCUUGGUCCAUCAGGUCCUUGCGCAAGACAGGGCCAGGAAGGUCUCGGGAGCAAUGGCUGCGGUGGAGAGACUCAGCAAUCCGGCCCCAGAGGCUCCUUUGACUGCACAGGAUGUCGAAAUGGAGCCGGUCUCUGGCGAGGCUAAGAUUGCAGCCGAGUCGACCGAGGCGAGAUUGCAUCCACCCAUGAUGCUCUUCCGAUAUUCCGAAGCCGGCAGGUGGACGUCUCACGGGGAGAGUUGCCCCGACAUGCCACGCAGCUUGGCGCUUGAGGGCAUGUGGAGCAUCCACGUUGUCUUCGUGAUGGCCGGUGCAGUUGCGCAACAGGUCAGUUGGGGUGUCCCCCCGCGAAUCUGUCCAGCAAAGCUGAGACUGGCAGAUGGUGGACUCUUUAUCGAGUCGCCGUGGAGCCGAUUCAAAACGGAUCCCCACACCUGGGCGCAGCUUCAAGGUGUUCAGACGGAUGCCGUGGUUGCAGCAGCGAUGAGCGCAGGGGAAAGGGCGGAGAUGUUGCGACGAACUAUUGAGGACUUGGCACCAGCAAGACGCGGGGCAACUGAGCGUAUUUUGGCUGCUGAACGCGCCCUCCGCUGCCUGGAGCGCGACUUGCGGGCACGGUGCCAGGAGCUGCUAGGCGUGGAGGAGCUCUCCGUGCCAGAUGGCAUCGAACAGGAAGUGCUCGCCAGACUUCCUCUGGACGAGAAAAGCCAGCAACAGAGCCUCAUGGGGCUUCGCCAGGCGCAGCUCUCCUCCAACCAAGCCUUGGCCGAGUUCGUGCAGCUGCCGCAGAAAUUGAAGGUGGUCUUUGAUCUCACCAAGCCUGAUGAGCAGAGCAGCACUCUGGCCAAGAGUGGGCAGUUUUGGAACAUCUACACCGGAAGCGGGAACCGAUCUCAGAUCGGAGUACGUGCUUUCUUGCAUCAAGAAGCCGCUAACGGUGUGCAUUCUGGGACCAUGGAUGUGGAACCGGCUUUUUUUCUCAAACACAGUGCUGCGAUUGGUGCGAAGAGCUUGACAGCUGAGCGGGCUACCGCCGGGUGCCAGCCCCAUUUGAACUUCGACGUUUUUGACACAAGCAACAUCAGGCGCAAGCCGCUCAAGCUCGAUCUUGGAAACCUCACAGAGAAGAAUAUCGGACAGCUCAAGAAGCUGAAUACCUACACCUUCCCGGUCACCUACAAGGACCAAUUCUACGAGGAUCUCAAGAAGCGCUUGGAGUACUGCCGCUUGGGGUUCUAUGCCGACGUUCUUGUCGGAUCCAUAUGCUGCCGGCCGGAAGAAAGAAAAGAAGGGGGCAAGGCGCUCUACAUCAUGACGCUUUCAGUGCUCAAACCGUAUAGAGGCCGAUCUCUGGCGUCUCAGCUAGUUCAGUGGAUUGUGGACAAGGCCCAGAAGGAGGAAUCCGUCAAGGACGAUGUUCGGGAGGUUUAUCUCCACGUCCAGACCUCCAACAAAACCGCGCUGAACUUCUACCACAAGUUUGACUUCAAGGUGACUGAGGAGAUCAAGGACUACUACCAGAACAUCGAUCCGCCCGACUGUUAUGUGCUCAGACGGCCGGUGAACGGCCACGAGCUGUCGCAGGAGGUCAUGAACAUUGGCAUCGAGCCCUAG